AGCAGUAUUGUUUAUGAACAUAUAAAAUAUAUGGUUAACAUUAAAAGGAUUUAGCAGUGCGUGGGUCAUUCUCUUAACACUCCGUAACAGUAGGUGGCAGUAUGCACCUAUGAAGUUGGUUCGCGACCCGCCAUAAAAACCCAAAGAAGAAGAAGAUAUAAACAAACGAUAUGAUUAAAACACUUUUUAAAGCGUUUGAAGUGAGGUGGAAGUCAUACAGACACAGAUUUGUCCCUUGGAUAGCAUUAAACCUGCAGAGAAACGAGAGAACUCUUCGUCAGGUUAAAGAUCGAUCAAAGGACAAAAUACUUCCAGACGAAGAGGUGCUCGCAUCUCUCGUGUGUUUAUUCACUGAAUUGUUGAGAAAUGACUUUAGAAAUCAAAGUGAAGUCCUUGAACUGCUUCCUGCUCGCUCACAGCAGAUCUACAGCAGUGAUGAACACAAACAGUAUUGUGAUUCCUGUACAGUAAUGAGGAAAACUUUAGGAUUCUGUAUCGAGAGGAAGCGCAGCUCACUGCAGCACGGGGGGACGGGCGUGUUUGUCACGAGCGGACACGUGCAGAGGGGAAACAUUGUCGCAAUGUAUCCAGGGACUAUAUAUCAAGCAGACGAACCCAUCUUUUUUCAGUCAAUCCAAAAUCCAUUUGUUUUCAGAUGCAUUGAUGGCAUGUUAAUUGAUGGAAAUGACAAGGCUAUCUCUAAAAUCGUGUAUCGAUCUUGCAGUGGACGAGACAGACUUGGUCCUUUCCAUCUAAGUGAUUGUUCCUGGUUGACUUCUAACCCUGUUAACCCUCUCGCAGUGGGACAGUAUGUAAAUAACUGCUCAAAUGGCAAAUCAGCAAAUGUCUGCUAUCAAGAAUUUGAUGUAGCAAAUGACUUUCCCCUUGAACUUCGUCAGUAUCUGCCUAAUGUUAAUUACAAAUCUGAUACACAAAGACCUUUGCGUACUGUUGUCCUUGUGUCGCUGAGAGAUAUCAGAAGAGGUGAAGAACUGUUCUCCAACUAUUAUACAAUUGUGCAUUAAAUAGUUUUGUAAAA